AUGUGCGGUCAGGCGGAACGUGCCCCUGGUACCAGUACCGUACCGACCUGCACCGCUCCGAAGAAAAUUCGCGGAUUUCCUGCGGGUUUCUGCUCCGAGACCGGAUAUGAGCAGGAUCUUCCAACUAAGCAGAAUAUUCUGUGCUCCAGACAACCUGUCAGAGCAGUGUUGAGAAAAGUUCUUGAACCUGAACCAAAAUCCGAGAUUGCUCAAAACAUUUCCGCCAAGAUUCGGGACCCUGAGAGCUUUUCCGUGAGUGGAGAACCCUCCCUUCUUCCGCUAAGUAUUCACUAUCAGAUCCCAGCCAGGAAACGGUUUGUUAUUGUCUUGGAGAGAUCCAACUCCAUGGGUCUCAACAAUCGUUGGUCCCUCUUACACGGAGAACUCUUCCGGUUUAUCUCAACCCUCCCCAAUGAUUCUGAGGUUGCACUCAUCACCUUCGGAUCCACCGCGGCCCUCACCCUCUCUCCCACUCUCCUCACCUCCGAGAAUAGGGAGGGGAUAUAUGGACGGAUACCUAGAAGACACCUUGAAGAGGAUACAGCUUGUCUAGAGUGUGCAGUAAAGCUUGCGAUGAAAACCUUAUCUCUAGGUUCUCCUAUGAGCAGUGGAACCCUGAUCCUGAUAACUGCAAGUGCUGCUAAGCCUGCAGGGUUCGGAGAAAUGUUGCAGACCAUCAGUGAAGGAUCACACAAGGUUUACACGGUUGCAUUUGAGAAAAGUAUCUUCUACGAAGCUCGGCUUCUAGCACAGUACGGAUACACUUUCAUUGUCCAUGAGAAGCAUCACGAUGUUCUGGCCGGAGCUGUAAAUAUUUCCGAUAUAUUUACAUCCAUCCUACAAACCGCAGGAGGAGUUAAACUUAGAAAGUUUCACCAGGAGCAGAAAAUAUCUGAUGAUUCCAACAUUGUCUCAGGAACAUUUGUGGUUGAAGAGAGUCUCAGAGAUAAUCUUUGGGUUCAGAUUGCAUCUCCAGAUGAGGAUGAUAUUGAGAUGUUUGAGCUGACCAACCCUACUGGAAAAGUGUUUGAGUUUCCCAAGUAUGAACAUGGACUGGUGUACUUCAAGCUGACCGGGUCCCAAGAGCCAGGUAUCUGGACCUAUAGAGCUAGAUUGUUUCAGAAGGAUCAGUUGGUCCGGGUUUCUAUCCAGGUCCUAGCUGAACCUAGUCACAAGGAUUCUAUUGUCCUGGAGGCCUGGACUAGUGUUGACUAUGAGGGAGUUAACGCUCUCAACACUCCAGUCAAAAUAUUUGCCCGUCUCACAAGCCACACCUCUCCAGUACUGGAUUCAGAGGUGGUUGCUACUAUAGAGAGACCUGGAGUAUCCGAACCCGUCUCAAUCCGGCUCCGGGAUACAGGAUCUGGUUAUCCGGAUAUUACACAGGGUGACGGAAUAUAUUCUGCGUAUUUCACCCAGUUCACAAGUGAGCCAGGUUUCUACAGUGUAGUGGUUACCGUGAAGAACAAGGAUGGAUCUGCCAGAUUACCAAGAUUGUCACAGUCCGGAGAUUCUGAAGAAACUUGCUGCGGUUCCUCUCUUCCUUUCUCCUACACGGUUCCCAUCACACAGUUCUCCAGGCACACCCUUGUUCCAUCCUUCUUUGUCAAGGAAGGAUCCCAGUUCUAUCUAAGACAAGGAUCUCCGACCAGAAAUGAUGUAUUUUCUCCAAGUAGGAUUACAGACUUCAAGCUUGCUAACUAUCUUGAUGACUCUCUGUAUGUCACCCUGAAGUGGAGAGCCCCUGGAAACGAUUAUGACUUUGGACAAGCGUUCAGAUAUGAAAUCCGUUGUUACACAAACAGAGAAGCACUUAGAGAAGAGAACUUCAAUGACAUGGGAAUCCUGGUUCACACCUCUCUCAUCCCUACUCCUGAGAUAUAUGGAACUGAGCAGAGAUCUACUGUAGGAAUACCCUGGCCUAAUGAGGUAUUUUACUACGCUAUUGUAGCGUAUGAUGAGGAAGGUAACAGAGGAGAAGUCUCAAAUGUCAUAUCUGUAUAUGCUGAAGAGAACCCACCUACCCCAGCCCCAACUGUAGGUUUUGGACAGGAGAUUUUAGACUCUGAUGCAUAUCCUAUCCAUGAAAGCAUGCCUCUAACCUCUACUGGUAGUGAUACCCUUAUAUAUGUAGUGUCUGGAGUUGUCUCUGCUGUCCUUGUAGUAAUCCUUGUAAUCCUACUUGCAGUGCUCGCAAGAACUAGGUGGAGCAAACAGAUAAAGCGAUCCGACUCCAGUCAGAUCUAUGUCAAGGAUUGUGAAUCUAGUAUUGGAGGAACACUGAAGAAGAACGGAUCCUACCCUGAUAUAUCCAAGGAUAACUCCCUUAACUCUGCCAGGGUUUGGAGAGACACAGACUCUUGUGAGAAGAAUUCCAUGAGAAAAUCUCCAAUUCCGUCUAUCUCCGACAACCUAUCCUGGCGGUACAUGGAGCAGAACAAGGCUGUUGGUCAAGAGGUAGCUGGAGUUCAUCGUCAACACUCUGAUCCCAACUCCCCCAACCCACCCUCCACAGACUCAUCCAUGUACUCCAGCAAUGACUCGGAGUCCAACGGAGAAUUUAUCCUUGGACCUGGUCCUAGGAUCUCAGUUAUGGAAGACUUCACAGUUUACAGAGAUCUCUCACACCUGGACUCCAACCAGGAGUACUUUUCAUUCAGUCAACUCCCCCAGGAACUCCAUGGAUUGUCCAUAGUCCCUUACUCCCCUGGUUAUGAUACCAUGGACUCCAAACUUCCCUACUUCGACACUAUGGAGUCGAAACGACGACAUAUAUCUCUAGUAUAGAAGAUAUAUACACUGUGCACUGUCAUACCUAGAGCUUAAAGUUAACAGUGUGUCUCAUUCUUUUGUGGGACGCACUGUACAUACUCUUCUCAACAAUAGAGAAUUCAUGCUGUUUAUAAACCAUUGUCCUGCUAGUCUUAUAUAUAAUAUAUUUUGAUACAUACUAACAAAGUUCAAUAAAUUAACAU